CUGCGCGUUCUCUCUUUUAUUUCUGUGGCUACAACACGGUUAGAACAGUUUACAUCGUGAAAUGAGGUUGGUACUUACUACUCAGCACUGUAGAGAUGGAAUAUUGAACUACGGAUUAUUCAAUGGCCAUUAUUGGUUGUGUUUUUAACGAACUCGAACGAUUGGUCUUUCCAAAGAGACAGAUUUCGUUUGUUAUGUGAAACUUUGCCAUAAUUUGUUUGCGCAUACUAUUUUGAGAAAUAAAAUUCAUCCGAAGUUGGGCAGUUGACGGUAUUUAUCUUUGCCCUGUACAUUGUGUCUUAGUGCAAUGCUUAUGAAAUCGUUGUUGUUGCAAUAUAUGGAUAUGUUGUGUUAAGAUCAUGGCGUUGGUAACUGUGCAAAGAGAUUCAAGCGCUUCAAAUUCACCAGCAUCGUCAUGUGAGGAAUUGAAUGAAAUGAAUGACGAAGAAUUGAACGACGAAACUUUCCAUGAAGACGUGGAAGAUAAAGAUGAACUCCAGGAGAUCAUUUCACCGACACGGUCGUCUAAUGCCAAAAAACUCAAGCGACAAGGGAGCGUGAGUGAAAACUUCUUCGCCGUCAAAGGAGCCGCGCUUAUUUUACCACGUCAAACCAGCUUGGCUGUUAACCUGCCAAUCGUCAAACAAUUUGGAGGUGAAUUGCAAACGCAUCUACACGCGAUCUUUCACCAUCUAAGGCCGCAAGACAGCAUUAAGUUGGCUGUAAGAUUGGAAAGUUGGGUGGAGGAACACCGGAGGUACCUCGUGAUCGUGACGACCACCGGGAGGCAGGACACCGAGGAAAAUAUUAUCGUUGGUUGCGACUUCGCUACCAAGGAAAGCACUUCGUGUACGAUAGGCUUGGUGUUGCCCAUUUGGUGCGACACAAGUAUACAACUCGAUGGGGAUGGAGGAUUUAAAGUUUUAUCUCAUGAAAAAACUCACACGUUCAAACCUGUAUCGGUUCAAGCUAUGUGGUCGGCCCUACAAUCGUUACAUCGGUGCAAGGACACAGCUUUGCGACAUAAUUAUUACGAGGGGAGUCUCUACCUUACAUGGACUUGCUUCUACGCGAGCAGAGUCGCUUCUAACCGAAUAAAUAUAAACGAGUGGGAAUACAGCGAGGAUUUAUGGUCAAGGAAACCAAACUAUUUUGAAAUGAAAGACAUCAAUCGUUUAACGGUGGAAUCGUUGAUAAGAAGUCGAUUAAAACAAGUGAUGAUGACAAUGGAUCUCGACAACUGUACUUGUAAACAGAUACGAUUGGAGUUGGAGAAAGUGAUUGACAUGGACCUCACCAACUACAAGCGAUACAUUGACACUGAAAUGUUGACGGUCCUCGGCCAAAUGGAUUGUUCGUCCAAGAUCUUGGAUUAUUUAUACCUGGGGUCGGAAUGGAACGCUUCCAACUUGGAGGAAUUAACACAAAUCGGUAUCACCCACAUCUUGAACGUGACGCUUGAGGUCGACAACUUCUUCCCUGAUGAAUUCACGUACAAGAACAUCCGACUUCAUGACAUUGAAUCUUCCAAUCUCCUUCAACAUUGGCAUGCUACAUGGAGGUUCAUCGAUGAAGCGCGACGAUCGGGGGGGAAAUGUCUCGUUCAUUGUAAGAUGGGGAUCAGUAGAUCCUCGGCGACGGUUGCCGCGUACUUAAUGAAGGAACGACUUUGGACGAAGAAACGCGCGCUUGAGUUCACGGAGGAAUGUCGGUCGAUCACGCAUCCCAACCCAUCGUUCCUCGAACAACUCGAUGAAUACGAAGGGAUGGUGUUCGCGAGUGCGAACCGCCACAACAAAUUGUUUCGUUCACGAUCGGAAAGCAGUUUAUCCGAACCGAGCCUCCCCGAUGAUCAUCCCGUGACGUCACCGCGCCCCCCACCUGCCGUUCAACUACCUGACGACGUAAACGUUGCGUGCGAGGACAACCAAGAUUUCGAUCUCAAUCGACGGUUGUUGGACAUUGCUUCGUUAUCUGUGCCCAAGGUGUCACGACCAAAGUCAUGGUCACCAGAUGAAGGGCGAACAUGUUACAACCCCUCCCACGCACAACAUGACAACUUAUUAGAUCGGACAACCAACAUGGGGGGUGGUGACUCAAUUUACCCACAAAACACGUCGGAACCCGGUGAGAUCCUUAUCGCUCCUAGUGGCGACCAGGAUCGCAAAGCGAAAGCCAACCAACGCCGUGAAGAUUUUAAACGUGCUCACUCACGCCGUCAUACGGAAGCUACGGCCACCGCUAGAGGGCCUACCAUGCAAUUGGACGACUUGGCACAAAGCGAAGAUAGCGUGUUCGUGCAUGAUGGAAACGGUCCUUUCGUCCCCGCCAAAGCAUGGCCACGCCCUACAACUCCACCCCCUUCACGUGGACAAGUUCGAACGUCGUCUCCCGCCGCUAUAUCGUUAGAUAGGACGCCUGUGUCGUUACAAGUGGAAGAACAAGAACUUCAUUCAUCGAUGGUGUCACCACGUAAUAGUCCUUCAUAUAAAAAAACAUCAACCGUUGAUAUCGACUUGCUAAAGUCGCGUUUCUCCGACCCAUCGCCCUCCGACCCCAUAGACCCCCCACCCCCCCAACCAUCUGAUAUUCCACCACCGGCCAUCAAAGCCCCGGUUCCCGUGCGACAGAUCGUCGCCGUCAUCGAGUCGCCGAUCGAAGACUCGCAGGAAAUCGCGAGCAAAAUCGCCGCCAAAGUCCAAAUACCUCCCGAGGUCGAACCUUUUAUUAAAGGCCACCACAAGUCCCCCUCCCUACCCCCCAGUGAAUUAACUGAUCCCCCACAACCCACCCCAUCAACCGACGCCCCCAUGUCCCGUGCAAGGUCUUUCUCAGAGAACCAAGCAACUUCUGUGAAGAAGUUGGUCACUCAGAUCGAAAGUCGAUAUUCUCCUGAUGUUUCACUGCCCGAGGACGAGGGUUGUACCAUCCUACGUACAAUGUCAAUGCCUUCUUCUAAAAGGAGGAGCAUCUCUCCUAUACCUUCUUCAUUCGUUGCUCUGGACGAGGAUGCGGCAGAGCAAGGGGAAGCCCCCCAACCCGAUACCGGUAGUUCGUUUUACAUCGGGGAGCAAGAACCUAAACAAGCGUGGGGUGAAAACAACAAUAAUAAUAAUAAUAAUAAUAGUUUUGUCGGCAUGAUUGUUAUCAACGAUAUAUCUGAUCAACUACUUGCUGACGUCACCAAAUCUAAUCUUGAUGACGUCAUAGUUCCGUCACCACACAAGAAAGUGACGAAACCUGAUAUUCGAGGUUGUUUUCCACCAGAAGUAUUGGAUAAUAUACGACAGGUCGAUCUUGAUUCUCUGCGGUCGCAUGUCGACACCAAACCGCCCACCCAUGCCAAACAACGUGGUUUGGUAAGUCAGAUGGUGCGCAAACUAACCGGGAAAGCCCCCAAGUCGAAAUCGUCCCGGCCUGCUUCACUUAACAUGACAAAGAAGAAAAAUUCGAACAAUAUUUCAAACAAAAUGAACAGAUUGUUGAUGGGUGGAAGUGACUUCCAAGCAACUGGCGAGCGGUUGGCUCGUCAUUCAUAUGAACCAAACAAACAUUCAACCGAUGUAUUUGACCGCGUGGGUUCAGAUACUUCGCCGGUGUUUUCGCCAUGCCGAAUCUACCACGACCCCAGGCACCAACACUCAGCGCAAUGCAUUGAUAUCUCGAUAUACGCCGCCACGCCAUACCGACCACACAGUGGGUCUCCACCAACGAGGAUGUCGCUUGGCAUCAAGGAUCGUCGUGUGCGUCGCUCACAAUCGGAACGAGUAGGAAUCGCGACCCGACGUCGCUCCACACAUUACACGAUGAUCAGCGAAACAGGGAAACUUCAUCACGCAACAAGAUCCUACAAAUCCCAACCGGAGCUAACCGACCCCCCCACCCGUAGUAGUCCACCUCUACGCAGCCCCCUUCCUGUACGUGAGAUAGUUCGCACUCUUGAAGCGAAGAAAACAACCUCCGUUCAUCGAAGUUCUUCUUUACCGCCGACCAAACCGAGACAACGAAUGAUAUUUUCCACAUCAAGUAAUGAAGUAUCAAAGUUGGGAAGUUUAAAAAAAAAUCUUCCUCGUUCAAAGUCGACGCCGUUUCUUGGGUUUAAUUCCAAAAAGACAUUAAAGCAGUUUAAAUAUCUUUAGCGUGAAUAACAUUGUCUUGAAGUGUGGCUGGCCCAAUAUAGGGGCUUUUACCCCCAACCCCACUGUACAAGAUGCUCAACACAAUAAUAUGCAGAACAUCAACCGUUGCUUCCAAUGUGAUUGCCUUUUAUACUCAAGACCACCCGCGUGUAACCUGCCAUACAACGACCUACGUGCUUAUAAUCAAACAUAUAAUCAUUAAUCCGGGUUCCUGAACUCAACAAUCGCCGUUGGGAAGCAGAGAUUCUACAAAGUAAUUGCGAAUUUAAGUAGUAUAGUAGGGCGGGGUAAGAUGGGACACGGUUUUAUUCUUUUUUAUCGUCCCAUUUGGUAAACAAGGAAUAUUCAGGGAAUUAUAAAAACUGUAUUCUCACGACUCUAAAAUAGUGUUGUUAAUUGUUUAAAAUACGAUGAGGAAAUAUGGGAUUUAUGUGCUAACGAUAUCCCAUCUUACCCCACCCUACAAUACAUGAUUGUAUCCAAUGUUGAGUCACUUCACGAAACAAGUGUUGCACAAAUCUCCCAAUAACACCACGUGUGGCCUGCAUGUGUUCCAACAGUAUUAACCGAAUCAGCGGUGACUUUUUAUCAAUAUAUUGAUAAUUAACCGUAAUAUAUUAUAUCUAUGAUGAAGCACUGACACUUCGAUUCCCGACGGUUCCCAUUUUGCACACGACCCUAUUUCGCGCUUCGGAAUAAAACAUAGAAAAUCGCACUCAA